GUCGACAUCUUCUUCUCUACUUUCUCAAUAGUGAAAUCGACUCGGAUGUGACGUCGAUAUCUCCGACUUGAGAUGGAGACUUUAAGGUCAAUAUGUCAUCUAAAAAAGGCGUUACACAUGCCUCGGGGGACAAGUAUUUUAUGGCCAAACGUGCCUAGAACUAUUUGUAGACAAACAACUCGUCUAGUAAACGUCUAGGUGUUCGUUCAUAUAGAAAAUUCACACUCUCAAUAACUAUAUAUGAAACUAAAUAAACUAAUAUAAUUUAGAUGUAUUUUUGAACCUUGCAACUCUUUUCAAUUACUAUAAUUAGAAAGGGCAAAAAGGGAAAAGCAAAUAUGAACACUCAAUUCUGCUCCCGUUAUUCAUCACUCAACUUCACUCCCAUUUUCCCCAGCUUAGCUCCGGCGAUUCAAUUGACGAAUCUCCGGCGACGAUACGCCGUCGUAACAUCUCGUAUGGACUCCACAACCACCGUCAGCGCCACCGCUUCCGGCGGCGACAAUAGUACAGAGGAGAACUCCGUUACGGAUACGGUAAUUCAGUACGUUGUUCUACGGAGAGAUUUGAUUGACACGUGGCCUUUAGGAAGUGUCGUUACGCAAGGCUGCCAUGCUGCCGUAGCUGCGAUUUGGUCUCAUAAGGAUGAUGACGUCACUCUCCAAUAUUGUAGCCCUUCCAAUAUCGAUUCGAUGCACAAAGUAACUCUUGAAGUGAAGGGUGAAACCCAGAUAUUGAACUUGGCAGAAAAACUAAAAGCUGGGGGCAUUGCUCAUAAACUGUGGAUUGAACAACCAGAAAACAUACCAACCUGUCUUGCCAUAAAACCAUAUCCAAAAUCCCUGGUAUCUUCAUUUUUCAAGAAGCUAAAACUAUGUAAAUGAUGAAUUUCAAGUGCAACUGUUAAUGUGAUACUGACACAAGUUGGCUUAGUUUCGGUGCUAUGGGAUUGAAAUUAGUUUUGCUAAUGAUGAGCUACGCUAUUUGUAGUGAUUAAUAUUUCUUGCUGAGCCCUUUGACCUGUGCAUGCGGUUCAUCUAGAUUUAUAAUCUGGUGAUUCUGGCCAGAUGAAUAUCAGUCUUAUUUUUGUCUAUAUUUGAAGUCUUAUUUACUUAUCUCUAAUCUUUUGGUUGUGGUAAUGAAAUUGUGUAUUUUCUA